AAAUUGUAGUAGGAAAGAUGGAGGAGGUAAAAACAUGUUCAUCAGUCGAUCUACUUUGGCCAAGAAAGAAUGUGGAUAUCAUUUGAUUAAGAAGCAAAAAUCUUCAGAGUUUGGCCUCGUCACUCUGAAUAAAUGCAGGUGGAGCCAUGAAAGGUGAACCGAGCUCGGGGAAGCACAAUUUGGCUAUGUAUGAUUAACGUUGUCGAUGCCAGAGCCCAAAGGCAAUUGGUGUGGCUUAGUUAGUUCUAACGGGAAUUGAUCAAUUCGAGCAAAGGAGGUGCACAACCAACCCUGGCCAAGAAUUCCAACCUGCCUGUAAAAUGUCAUCUAACAUUACGGACCAGUCUUGAGCAAUACUCUUGGACAUAGAAGCAGCUCUGAACUAAGGCAAAGCUCAUCUGUUUACUUGCUGAGCUGUCUAACAAGAAACUAACAAGGACAUUCAGACAAAACCUUGGCACAGUAUCAACAAGAUGACAUGAAAAUUGUCCUGAACCUUUUAAUUCCUUUUCGUUUAGCUUUUCCAGGAAUCCUGUGAUUCAACAGACAUGGGACAGAAACAUGAGCCCUUGCAGUGGCAGUGGCACCAGUCCGAACCUUCAGCAUUCUUUUCUCAUGAGUAGUUCCCGUGUGGUUUUGACUUUGCCUCUGUACACUACAUAUUCUGGUGGUUCUUAAAAAGAUGGACAAGGUUAGCGGGUGCAACAAAUCCACUUUGCAGUUGGACUAAGUGUUUGAAAGUCUGAACAUCUUCAUCAACUUAAAACCUUGUUUAUUGAAGUGUUAGUGCUUUCCUCUCUCACUAGUUCAAAAGAUUUUCCCUGCAGAAUUUCCUUCCGUCUGUUCAACCCCCGCUUUGCCCGCGCAAUAUGUACCGGCAACCUCGAUUGAGUCACCCGUAUUAGAAUGUGCCUGGUAACAUUUACAAAGGCACUGAGUCAAGAUGCAUAAGCUCAUUGACAAGCCUGACCAGUUUUGCCUCCUGAUUGCGUUAUCUGUUGUGCUUGUGUCUUUGGUUUCAUUCUCAGAUGCUGAAGCUCAUUACCAUGAAUUUGUUAUUCAAGCGCAACCAGUGAAAAGGCUAUGCAGAACCCACAACAUUAUCACGGUUAAUGGGCAGUUCCCAGGGCCGAUAUUAGAAGUGAGAGAUGGAGAUUCUCUUAUCAUCAAAACCACGAAUAGUGCUCAAUACAAUGUCACCCUUCACUGGCAUGGAGUUCGACAAAUAGCCAAUCCAUGGGCGGAUGGACCUGAAUAUGUUACCCAGUGUCCAAUACAACCGGGAGGGACCUACACGUACCGCUUCACCAUCCAAAACCAAGUGGGGACAUUGUGGUGGCAUGCGCAUAGCGAAUGGCUUCGGGCUACUGUCUAUGGAGCUCUUAUCAUUCACCCUAAAGUCGGGUUGCCCUACCCUUUCACAACACCAAAUCAAGAGAUUCCUAUUCUUCUUGGGGAAUGGUGGGAUAGAAACCCUAUGGAUGUCCUUCGGCAAGCCCAGUUCACAGGAGCCGCUCCGAAUGUGUCCGAUGCAUACACCAUCAAUGGCCAGCCAGGAGAUUUCUACAAAUGUUCUAGCCAAGAAACCACGGUGUUUUCAGUGGAAUCGGGCGAGACGGUCCUAUUAAGAAUCAUUAAUGCUGCACUCAAUCAAGAGCUCUUCUUUGCAGUGGCCAACCAUAAGCUGACCGUCGUAGGGGUUGAUGCUGCCUACACCAAGCCCUUUACAACGAGUGUUAUCAUGAUCGGACCUGGUCAGACCACUGAUGUUCUCCUCACUGCCGAUGAGUCUCCAUCUCGCUACUACAUGGCGGCGAGCGCAUAUGCCACUGCCCAAAAUGCAGCAUUCGACAAUACCACCACCACCGCCAUACUUGAGUACGCAUCUGAGACUUGCAGUGCAAGAAGGCAGUCCUCUCAGGUGCUCCUCCCGCGACUUCCGGCCUUCAAUGACACAACCACUGCGACUGCAUUCACGGCUGGAUUAAGGAGUCCUUCCAAGGUCAGCGUCCCAAAUAACAUAGACGAGAACUUAUUCUUCACGGUGGGUCUUGGACUCAUCAAUUGCUUGUUCCCGAGCCCGAAUUGUCAAGGCCCGAACGGAACACGCUUUGCUGCCAGCAUGAACAACGUCUCCUUUGUCCUCCCGACCACCCUCUCCGUGAUGCAAGCUUAUUAUCAAGGUGUUCCUGGCAUCUUCAGUACAGAUUUCCCACCUGUUCCCCCGAUUCAAUUCGACUACACUGGCAAUGUGAACAGAGGAUUGUGGCAACCGGUAAAAGGGACGAAAGUAUAUAAGCUAAAAUACGGUUCCGCAGUGCAGAUUGUUCUGCAGGACACGAGCAUCGUGACCACCGAGGACCACCCCAUGCACCUCCAUGGAUACCAAUUUUCUGUAGUUGGGAUGGGCUUUGGCAACUUCCAUGCGGCAAGGGAUACACCGAAAUUUAACCUCGUCGAUCCCCCUGUUAGGAAUACCAUCGGGACGCCCCCAGGUGGCUGGGUAGCAAUCAGAUUCGUGGCAGACAAUCCAGGAGUGUGGUUUAUGCAUUGUCACAUUGAUGCACACCUUGUAUGGGGUCUUGCUAUGUGUUUCCUGGUCGAGAACGGACAAGGCGAUCAGCAGACCGUGAUACCUCCACCGCCGGAUCUACCUCAAUGUUGAGCACCGAUCAUCGAAUUUGAUAUCAAAGUCGCCGUUCUUCUGAUGUUUUAGAAAUGUAACAUAUACUUCUCCCCCGGAUGUGCUAUAAUAGAUUUUGAAGGCUCUUGCUAGAA